AUGGAGACUCCAUUGACUGGAGACCCUGUCUUCAUGGACGAGGCAUUGAGUCCGUCGGUGCAUGAUGAUGCUGACCUCAUGCAGUUCCUGGAAGGCUUGGACGACAAGUUUGCGUCACCAGGUCCCUCUGAGGAGACGUUCUUUCCCGAGGUGCUCAAGGACACGGGAAGCAGGGCCCGCAUGUGCGCAUCCAGGUCACUGCCCGACCUGCCCAUGGCUGGCAGCAAGGCGUACGAUGUCCCCACUGAACGCCGCACAAUCAGGACAGUGUCAGCCGACUACUCAGCAGCAAGCUUCUUCAAGCCGGACGCACCAAUCAGCCGAGUGGGCUCGGGCCACAGCACCCUCCUGCACACCCACUUGGCACCAGGUUCCGAGAUCAGCAGCAGCGUCAUCAUGGAGAGGUGGCAGGCAGCCGAAUUCGAGUCGCCCAUCGAGCCAUAUGUUCGGAACUGGGGCGCAGCGUGGGGCCACUGCAGCGCAAACGCCCCAGGGGCGGAGUACCCACCCCAAGAGUGCUCACCCCCACCUGAACUGCACGACAGGGUGGUCCCCAACGUCUUGGCAAGCUACGGACCAAUAUUCACCACCACUACCUUCAACCAAGGCGCUCAGAGGGUGCGCGCCAAGAACACCGAGUGCUGGAGGGACAAGAACCGGCGCAUCCAGAAGGCCUUCAGGGAGCGCCAAAAGGAGAAGCAGCGGGCUGCUGAGCUGGCGAUCGAUGAGAUGUCAGAGCGGGUGGCUGCCCUGGAAGCUGAGAAGAAGCAGCUGCAGAAGGCGCUGGAAGAUGCGACACACCCGAUCAAGCGGAGCAAGCUGUCGGUGAAAGACUGCAGCGCGGUGGCGGUUGCCGUGACAUGCGGGGAAGGGGACGCCCCCGUGCGGCUGUCAUCCGAGGAGCUGCAGGCCUUCACCCUCGAGCGCAUGGCCACCGUCUGGAAGGGCCUGGUGCGCAACAUGGCUGUGUGCCUGCCGGAAGCUGACCGGCAGCCGCAGGGACCCCACGCCGCCCGCCUGGAGGCGCUGUCUCGCGAGGGGUGCGCGCUGAUGUGGGCGCUGGCCGAUGUGAAGCCGGCGGUGCUAGCUUCUUUCGUCGGCUGUGACCUGGAGGAAGCUGCCCAGAACCCGGCUGUCAGCCCCGACAUGUGGCCCUCCAUCCUGGAGAGCCUGCAGCUGAGCGCGGAGCAGCGUGCGGCGCUGGACGACACUCGGCGCGCUAUGCUGGAAAAUAUCAGCGCCCUUCUGGCCGAACGAGAGGCGCUGUCCGCCCAGGCGCAGGGCGUGGUUUGGGUGGCGGGGGAUGGAAGCCUGCUGCCAGCAGACAUUGUGCCAAUGGUGGAACAGGCGCACUCCAACGUUGAGGCCAUUCAGCUGUGCACCGCUUACUACAUCUCUCACGCCUAUGAUGAGAUUCUGACUCCGCUGCAGUGCGCGCGCUUCUUCCACCAGUGCUACCCCUUCGGCCCAGACCUGAUGUCUCUGAUGACGGCAGCCGCCAGCGAGCCUUCAAGCUCAAAUUCCGGCGACGCCGACACGCCCCGGGUCAAGCGUUCGAUUUCCGGCACGUCCUCGGCGCGGUCAAAUUCAACUUCCGUGCCGGCGCCGGCAGAAUGGCGCAAGGCGCUCGUUCUGCCGCUCUCCCGCCUUCGCAGCAGCUCCCCUGCCGGGGUUUCUGCCGAGGGGGGUGAUACCCCGAUGGAAGGGUGA